GUGUUAUUGCGAGAUCAUCACGUGAAAGACGCGAGCUGAAAGACGCGAGCUUUUUUUUUUUUUUUUGCUGCUUCCUGUUUUGAAAGUGAGAUGAAAAUGACUGCUGCACUGACUCAGGGUUUGGAGAGAAUCCCGGGACAGCUUGGAUAUCUGGUGAUCAGCGAAGACGGCGUGCUGGCCUCCUCAGGAGAGCUUGAGAAUGAUGAACGUACAGCAGGUGUGAUCAUGCAGAUGGUCCGCACAGCAUGUCGAUUCAGGCUUCACGGCACAGCAGAGCCACCUCUUAAGCGCUUGUCAGUGAUGUUUGAGGACUAUGUUUACACAGUGACGAUCUCUGGACAAAAAAUAUUUGUAGUGAAACGUCAGAACAACCAACGGGAACCUGUCACAGCCUAGUUCUUAAAAGAAAAUGCAAAAUAAUAAAGGAAAGGAAAAGAAGUCCUUGGAAUAAAGUACAAUGCCUGAUGUCAGCUUGCAGAUGAAGGAAUACCCAUGACAAACAUUUCUAGUCUGAUACAAUGAAUCAUGCUUAAAAUGCUUUCAAACACCUGGGGUGUCAUAACUGCAAUUCAUUUUGUUCCUCAAUAGUAAAUAUUUUUGAGGGGAGGGAAAGGCUGGUUUAUCGUACUUAAUGACGAGACUAAUGCUGCAUUGGAUGUUGAUGGUUUUUAACUCAGUGAUGCUCUGUAAUGUUUUUUGUUUAACUAUUCUCCUAAAAUGUCAGUAUUUAUUAAAAAUAAUGUCUAUUUGAA